UCAAUGUAUUUGCCAUACGUAAUUUCGAUAAGAUAAACUCCGCAUCAACAUCAGAUAAUUAACCGUAUCGGGUCAGUUGGAACUCAUAACUCCCUGUGUGGAUGUCCUUUUCAAUUCGCUUAAUUCUCUUGUUCGGUCAAUUGUCGACGAUUGGUCUGUGAUGCGUUGACCACAGUUAGCCGAUAUGGAACACACUGUGAACACGGUAAGAAAUUUCCUGCUGAAGAAGAAGCAGGUUUUAGACGUUUCGGAAAAACCCGCGAGUGUUCCUCAGAUAGGCUUCAGGGUGUCGUUUUGUGAAAACGCCAAACAGUUCAAGGUGAAAGUGAUAGGAGCCAGGCAGUUGCCCACCGACUAUGGAAGUGUGAAGCCCAGAGGGUACUUAGUUAAGGUAACCUUCUAUCCCCAAAAAGACAAAUUCGAGACGAAAACCGUCAAGGACUCUUGGCCGACGAUCAACGAAGAGUUCAUCUGUAAUCUCGCCAUCCCUGUUAGAAGGUUCGACGACUACUUCAAGGGAAAAUUCGUGUCGUUCACGAUAUACGCGGUCUUAGGCAAAGAAGAAGACGAGAAACCUCCUGCGAAGAAACCCGGGAUGCUCAAGAGAUAUUUCUCUUUCAAUGAUACCGAAGACAUAGUCCUCCUCAGAAAUGGCAGCUUCAAAAGGUCAGGAUCGCAGAGGAGGAGUAGUGCUACCAGUGUUAUGAGUAACAGAAGGACUGUAGGUGCUGUGACAUACAAUUUGGAUAGUAAAUUAUUUACUCAGAAAUUGAAAAAUAAUACCAUCAGUACUCCUGAUAUUUGGAGAAACGUUGCUGAGAUUACCAGUGGAGUACAAACACAGCCGAGAGAUGGCACCAAAGGCAGCAUUGAACUGACUCUUCAGUACGGAGUCAGCGAAGACGGAACUAACGAUGUAGUGGAGGUUACGGUCACCAAAUUCAGAUGUAGUUUACAGACUAUGCAGUACCACGAAAAAGUUGGCGGCCAACUAUAUAUAAAAAUAACUGCUUUUGAAUACGAAGAUCUCAUCCAGAAGAUGAAAAGCGACAAAUUCGAGCCCACAAUCAGUUUGAAGCUGGAACCGAGUACUUCAACUCUAAGAGCAACCGUCAAUCAGUAUAAUAUAGACCAAGUGAAGAUACUAAUAAGGCUGAUUUCGAAAAACAUCGUUGGAAAGAAAGUUGAGCUCGGGAAAAUAGAGAUCGACAGGCAUAGCAGUUUUUGGAAAGACAUUGUGGCUGCACCUGCCACUCCCGUGACGAAAAUGGUGAAUUUUGAGUGAAGACUUGGGAGACUGAAAACGAAGUGAAAUACAAUUUGGAAUACAGAAACACUUUCAUGAUAAUUUUAUACCGUAUUCGUCGUGAAAGGAAUAUCUACACCAUGUGUCACAUUGAUGCAGUUUUGGAGAAAACUUUCAAUUAUAUGCAUAUUUAUCGAUUUGACUUCGUCCACUUUUUUUGACUUAAUGUCGACUAGGUACAUAUAUGAAAGACUGCUUGUAAAAGAAACUCGUAUAUACAUAUAUAUUUAUUGAGUUAGUGAAAAAAAUGUGCUGACGAUAUUAUUAUUUAUUGUAGUUUUUUCGACGUAGCUAUCAUAUGAAUAAACUGUAUU